UUGUCUUUUACAAUGUCUUCAAUUUUGUCAUGCAAUGCAGGUGAAAUCUGUUUUCUUGGAUGGCGUACCACCUCACUGGGAUGAAGACAAAGUGAGAGAAAUUUUCAGGAAAUUUGGUGAAAUUGAUAGCAUACAACUUGCUAGAAAUAUGUUCACGGCAGCACGAAAAGAUUUUGGUUUCAUUGGCUUUACAGCAAGACAGUCAGCUUUAGACUGCAUUAAGAUGGUCAAUAAAGAUGGUGUUGGUGAAGGUAGUGGAAAGGUUCCCAUAAAAGCUAGUUUACAAAGGCCAAGGCAUGCUUUCAAGAAGUAUUCCCGGCAAGGCUCAAGUUCCUUGCUAGGCGUCAGAAGAGGAUUUGUAGAUAAAAGUUCUAGUGGUAGAGGACACCACUCGGACAGAUAUAGGCAUUUUAGUCCUGUAAGGCAUUCGUAUUCAGAUAAUCAUUCUCGUCGUCACUCUAUUGAUGUUGAAGAGAGGCAUACUUCUGUGCGAGGAUACAGAGCUUACUAUAGAAGAGACUCUCCAGUGCAUGCUCCAAGCUAUAAAUAUGGAAGGACACAUCUAGAGACCAGAAUUAGCGAAGAAUAUGCUGAGGGACGAUACACUAGUAAAUAUCCAAAACACAGAUACGCGAUGCAUGGAACCAUGGAGCGAGAUGCAUACCGCAGGAUCAAGUAUGGACAUUCAUACCAGGAGAGGGCACAUAGAACUUGCCCAGAUUGUAAGUUGUGUGGUCAAAAUUACAAUUACCCCAAUGGUGAGGAAUUUUCUGCAAUCAGCGGUUGUCAGGAGGCAUACUACCAGACAGACCGUGAUCUGAUUCCUUCAACUUCUCAAGUAGCAUCUCAUUGCGAGGGUUCUUGCUGCAAGGUGGGUAUAAAUAAGCGUUAGAUACUAUUGGCAGAAGUUCACAUAAACAGAUCGAGGCAGUUAUGCAGUCAACUUCAAAAGGCAAGGUUCAGACCAUUCGUCAAGGUUAUCUUUCGAAAAGAUCUUCAAACUUGAGAGCCGACUGGAAAAGAAGGUUCUUUGUACUUGAUAGUCGAGGAAUGUUGUACUACUAUCGGAAACAAAUUACUAGACCACCU